AAAUUCUGCCCCUCGUUCCCCGGCAGGGCCCUGUGAUUUAUGCAGGAGCAGAGGCAGCACGCAAUCGAGCUGUCAAGAGAGCGUCAGCUUAUUAGGCAAAUGCUGCGUGGUUUCUGAAGAGGGUCGACGCUAUAAAAUCCCACUCCGGGCUCUGGUGUGGAGAAACUCGGAGCCCAAGUCCGUUGAGAGACUGAAGAGAAAGAGAAGAGGGAAAGAAGAAGAGAGUGGGGAAAGAAAGGAGAAGGGAAGAAAACCCCUGAGAAAGCCCCGGAGCCGUUCCUCUGCAGAGCGGCGCAGCGCUCCGCUCACCUGCAGAAGCGCCUCAGAAGCGCCCCUAACAUGCGGCUGCCGCUGCUCGUGUCCGCGGGCGUCCUGCUGGUGGCUCUCCUGCCCUGCCCGCCAUGCAGGGCCCUCCUUAGCCGGGGGCCCGUCCCGGGGGCCCGGCAGGCCUCGCAGCACCCCCAGCCCCUGGAUUUCUUCCAGCCUUCGCCGCAGUCUCAGCAGCCGCAGGCUCGGCCCGGCCUGCUCCGCAUGGGGGAGGAGUACUUCCUCCGCCUGGGUAGCCUCAAUAAGAGCCCCGCUGCUCCGCUCUCGGCCGCCUCCUCGCCUCCUGCCGGCAGCAGCGGCAGCCGCCUUUCGCCGGACGAGGUGGCCGCCAACUUUUUCCGCGCGUUGCUGCAGCAGCUGCUGCUGCCCCGGCGCCCGCUCGACAGCCCUGCGAGUCCGGUGGAACGCGGCGCCGAAAACGCCCUCGGCGGCCGCCAGGAGGCACCGGAGAGGGAGAGGCGAGCCGAGGAACCUCCCAUCUCCCUGGAUCUCACCUUCCACCUCCUCCGAGAAGUCUUGGAAAUGGCCAGGGCUGAGCAGUUAGCGCAGCAAGCUCACAGCAACAGGAAACUGAUGGAGAUUAUUGGGAAAUGAAACGGUGCGUUUGGCCAGAAAGAUUCUGCAUUUAACACAAAAAGUAAAAAUAAAAAAUAAUGCAGUAUUCUGUACCACAGCGUUGCUCUGAUACCAUUUGUUUAUUUUUAUAUAGCUUGAGACGUAGAGGAUGUACAGCAAGAGUGCCCAUACUCCUUAGCAUGCACAAAGUGUAUUCACGUGCAGUAACAGCAACAUCCUGUAAUUUGUACCGUGUACUUAUAGUUUCUAUUUCCAGGUGUCUUUAACAGUGUUUUAAAGAGAGUAUAGACCCAGGAGGAAAUGUUUUGAAGAAGCAGACAGAAGUCACCCAAUUGAUUUUGUUGUGGUUUGAGCCAAAAAGAAUGUCAUUCUCUUGGGUGGGUGAGACAAAAUCUGUAAGCUCUUUGAACCAACUUUUCCUUGUAAACGUUUCAGUAAUAAAACAGCUUUCCAAUCCUUGGUCAA